AAUAAUAGCCCACAUCUGCUAAAAGGCCGAAAACGGAUCCGGUUGCGACGCCAACACUACUACCAUCAUUCCAGCAGCUUUGUCUUGUUUCAGCACCAUUAUUAUACGAUCCUAUUUUGCUUCUCGAGCGACGUCUGUUGCACCAGCACAGUUCGAUAUUGUCUGUUUCCUUGCAAUCAGAGCACCUAUUGGUUUCGGCACCGGCUGGAUUUGCGCCAGCCGUGCGAGUUUACGCUGCCACUUUUGGCCCAUUGGCCGCUUAAUACGAUCCUGCUGAAGAGGGGGGAAUAUGGAUCCUUCAGCUAAGAAGGAAGUACUUGGGUCAGAUCCAGAAAAGACACAAACGCCAACAGAUGGAGUCGAUGAAAAUACAGUGACUGGAGCUCUGAAUGCCCGGCCCGAAAAUGGCCCAAACGAAAAAGAGACGGAGAAUGAGGCCUCUCCAUCCAUUCCAGCAACCACUACAAUGAGCCAGGAUUUUGCAGAGUUGCCACGCCACUUUGGAGUCCCAAGAUCGAGACCGCAUAGCAACGCCAACAGCAUACGCUCCCAAGAAAUACGGCCAGCAAGCUCCAACAACCGGCCUAUCUAUAGUACUGGGAAUACUACCGUGGGCUCAACAGGAGGACGGAGCCUUCCGCCAUUGAAGCGCAGAGAGACUCGGCUGGCGCAGAAAGAAGCGCACCCGCUGCAGCAUCUCGGCAUCACCUUGGGUCUACCGAUGAUUGUUAUUUUUGACAUUGUGGUGCCGUGCAUCAUUUAUUACACGUGGUACGAUAGCCAGAAGGGGCACUGGAAGGAUGAGUGUCGCACAAGAUUUCCUGGGCAAAACCCUUGCCCCAUUGAAAGACCGCAGUUCAACAGAGAUAUCCUAGGCUCGGCGAUUGCAUCAUUUGGCGUUGGUGAACUAUGGAUUCUGCUCGCACGCGUAUGGCGAUUGCUGUUUCAUCAAGAGGAAUGCGCACCGCUUCUUUCUCGCAGUCGAUGGGAAUUGGAUGCUACGUCGUGGGUAUAUCUAGUAGCCAUGGUGUUGGCGCUGAUUCCGUUCGUUAUCGGAAGCAGCUUGGUGAUACCCAAACUAUAUCUAUACGGACCAAGCUUCAUCAUGGGGUUCCUUGGCAUUCUGAUGGUCAUCACGGUCGACCUUCCCUGGUGGAACAUCCCGAUCGGCAUCAACUCCCAGCCUCGAGGGUCGGGGCUACGCCCUUUCAUCUAUUAUGCGGCAGAGGACUUCAUCGCCGUCGAUGGAUUGCAAGACCGCGAAUUCCGGGUGCGAUAUAAUGAUAGAUAUGAGACUAACAAGAUGUUUAGACAGUUCUUUUUUUAUCUGACACUAUGGUGGCUGCUGGGAGUGUGUGUCUACAUUGGUUGCGUGUCGGCGGUCAUAUGGACCUUGCCGUUUCACUACGCAUUUGGAUUAUCGUUAGGCGUUCUAUUUGCGUAUAUUGUGGUAUGGGCGGGUGUGACAUAUGUUUGGACCAAUAUAGAGAUGAAGAGAGAGCAUAGCUUAUGAGGAGGGCAAAUUCGAUGUCUAAUAAUAAUAAUAUCAGUGAAAUUAAUC